CUACCCCGCCUCCGCAUCCCCUCCGGCGCCAGCUUCCAGAAAGCUCCCGGUGAAUUCCACAGCAUUCUUUGGGCGUGAGUCAUGCAGGUUUGCAGCCAGCCCCAAAGGGGGUGUAGACGAGACAGAGCGCUAUAAAUACGCGCGCCUCACGGUGCUCACCACGCGGUGUCGCCAGGAGCUGCGCACGGUCGCCGGGCGCCGCUGACCGAGGCCUGCUGGGAUUCCAGAAUUGGAGAGGGAGGCGCCAUGAAGACUCUCCUGCUGCUGGUGGGGCUGCUGCUGACCUGGGAGAAUGGACGGGUUCUGGGAGACCAGACGGUCUCAGACACAGAGCUCCAGGAAAUGUCCACCGAGGGGAGUAAGUACAUUAAUAAGGAAAUUAAAAAUGCUCUCAAGGGGGUGAAACAGAUAAAGACCCUAAUAGAACAAACAAACGAGGAGCGCAAAUCGCUGCUCAGCAACUUGGAAGAAGCCAAGAAGAAGAAAGAGGAUGCCCUAAAUGAUACCAAGGAUUCGGAAACGAAGCUGAAGGCGUCACAGGGGGUGUGCAAUGACACCAUGAUGGCCCUCUGGGAGGAGUGUAAGCCCUGCCUGAAACAGACCUGCAUGAAGUUCUACGCCCGCGUCUGCAGAAGCAGCUCGGGGCUGGUGGGCCACCAGCUUGAGGAGUUUCUGAACCAGAGUUCUCCCUUCUACUUCUGGAUUAAUGGCGACCGCAUCGACUCCCUGAUGGAGAAUGACCGGCAGCAGACUCACGCCCUGGACGUCAUGCAGGACAGCUUCAACCGGGUGUCCAGCAUUAUGGAUGAGCUUUUCCAGGACAGAUUCUUCGCCCGUGAGCCCCAGGACCCUUACCGCUACUCACCCUUCAGCUCAUUCCAGAGGAGGCCUUUCUUCUUCAAUCCCAAGUCCCGCUUCGCCCGGAACAUAAUGCCUUUCCCUGGUUACCAACCCUUGAAUUUCCACAACAUAUUUCAGCCCUUCUUUGACAUGAUACAUCAGGCUCAGCAGGCCAUGGAUGUCAACCUGCAUAGAAUCCCUCACUUCCCAAUGGAAUUCACAGAAGAAGAGAACCAGGACGGCGCCGUGUGCAAGGAGAUCCGUCACAACUCCACUGGGUGCCUGAAGAUGAAGGACCAGUGUGAAAAAUGCCAGGAGAUCUUGUCUGUGGACUGUUCUUCCAACAACCCCGCUCAGGUCCAGCUGCGACAGGAACUUAAUAAUUCCCUCCAGAUUGCUGAGAAGUUCACCAGGCUGUACGAGGAGCUGCUGCAAUCCUAUCAGGAGAAGAUGUUCAACACGUCCUCCCUGCUGAAGCAGCUGAAUGAGCAGUUUAGUUGGGUGUCCCAGCUGGCUAAUCUCACUCAAAGUGAAGACCCAUUCUAUCUCCAGGUCACAACGGUGGGGUCCCAGACUUCUGACUCCAGCGUUCCCACUGGGGUCACUAAGGUGGUUGUGAAGCUCUUCGAUUCCGACCCCAUCACUGUGAUGAUCCCAGAAGACGUCUCCAGGAACAAUCCUAAAUUUAUGGAGACUGUGGCAGAGAAAGCCCUUCAGGAAUACCGCCAUAAGAACCGGGAGGAAUGAGAUGUGACCACUGCCUCUCCAAAUAGGGGGCUGCCUGAGUUCCGUUGCCCCCGAGAUGAGUGAUAGGCCCCUAGAGAGAGCUCCGCAUGUCACCGAGUGGACCGGGCCUUGCCUCGAGGCCCUUCUGUCCCCUCACCCAGCCUUUCCUCCCUCCGGACACCGCACCGUAACGCCGCGUUCGCUGAUCAUGGGAAGAACUCCUGUGUGCCACUAACUCAAUAAAACCGCCAGUAAUCUGAA